AUGGCAAGCAAAAAGCGUGAAGUCCAACUACAGGCAGUCAUCAAUAGUCAGAACUUGUGGGAUGAGAUGCUGCUGAACAGAGGUUUAACAGUGAUUGAUGUUUACCAAGCCUGGUGCGGACCUUGCAAAGCCAUGCAACCUUUAUUCAGAAAACUGAAAAACGAACUGAACGAAGAUGAGAUUCUUCAUUUCGUCGUUGCUGAAGCUGACAGCAUCCCGAUUCUGCAGCCAUUCAGAGAUAAAUGUGAGCCUUUGUUCCUCUUUAGUCUCAAUGGUAAAUUUAUUGAGAAGAUUCAUGGUGCAAAUGCACCACUUAUCAACAGAAAAGUCCUUGGCUUGAUAGACGAAGAGAGGAAGAUUGCAGCCGGUGAACUGCCUCGUCCUCAGCAUGCCGAAAUUCUACUAGCAGAUUCCUCUGAAGAAGAAGCUGAAGAAUCACACAAUGAUAGUGCUAUGGAUGCUUACAGUAUGGCUAUUUUCAAACCUGAUACUGUACUCAGAAGAAAACAUAUAGAAAUUAAGGAAAAAAUUGCCAGAGAAGGAUAUCUCAUUGAAGCACAGGAAAAUAUGUUUCUCCCUGAAGAUCUAGUGAGAGUAUUCUAUUCUCAUAUGGCAGACCAGCCCGACUUUGAAGAGUUUGUGUUUUCUGUAAUAAACGGCCUAAGCUGUGUGCUCAUUAUAUCUCAAGGAGAAGAAGAACACCUUACCCAGGAGGAAAACCAAUCUCAGGCUGACACAGAAGAAGAACCGCUUGAGAACACUGAAGAGCCUCACCCUAGGGUCACACCUGAAGUGUCAAAAAAGAAACGGGACAGUUUGCAAGAAUUUUUGGAACGUCAACAUAUAUCUGAGUUUUGCGAUAUUUUGGAUGAUGUGCCUAAGGUUUCCAAGUUCAUCGAUAUCUUAUUCCCUAACUUUAAAACCAUGAAAAGCAUGCAUGUACAAAAGACUCUGGCACUGAUGUAUCCAGAAGUCUAUGAAGAAAGGAAAGAUGAAGUUUUGAACAUCAUUGAAAAUGAAGGAUUUACCAUACUGAUGCAGAGGCAAAUAUCAUUAUCAGAGGAAGAAGCAAGAACACUGUGCAAGACAUAUAAGAACGAGGAUUACUUUGAUAAACUUAUAUCCUAUGUGUGCAGUGAUAAAUCUUAUGUCCUUGUUCUAUUGAGGGGAAAUGCUGUGGACUACUGGCAAUAUUUAAUCGGACCCAAAACUGUUGAUGAAGCUUUUGUAUCUCAUCCAGACUGUUUGUGUGCACAGUUUGCCACAGAAAGUUUACCUGUCAACCAGUUCUACGGAAGCAGCUCAAAAGCAGCAGCUGAGAAAGAAAUAGAGUACUUCUUUCCUCCGCAGAGCACGCUGGCACUGAUCAAGCCUCAUGUGUCAUAUGAACACAGGGUGGAGAUCCUAAAGACCAUCAAAGAGGCGGGAUUUGAGUUGACCCUGCUGAAGGAAAUACACCUGCUUCCAGAGCAUGCAAACAAAAUUUAUUUCAAAAUAACAGGAAGAGAUUUCUAUAAGCAUGUAUUGGAAGUCUUGUCUAUGGGCAACUCUAUAGUCAUGGUUCUGACCAAGUGGAAUGCUGUUGCAGAAUGGAGACGCAUGAUAGGCCCCGUAGACCCAGAAGAAGCAAAGCUCAUCUCCCCAGGUUGCCUCCGAGCCAAAUAUGGGGUAGACAUUUUGAGAAAUGCUGUCCAUGGGGCAUCUAACCCAGAUGAAGCAACAGUCAUCAUCAAUACUAUGUUCCCAGAGAAUGAUCCUGAGAAGGCAGAACACUAG